CUUCUCACUUCAUUGGGCACAGGCAGUCUCGUUGGUCGACUAAGCAUCGGCUGGCUGACUGACAAAAAAUGGAUCGGUCCUGAAAUCUACUACACCUGUACCUUCGCCUUUUGUGCCUUGGUAGCAUUCAUAACUCCUCCGAUAACAGUCUACUACGCACUGAUAGCCUUGGCGCAUUUUCAAGGCUUAGCAUUCGGUGCGGCGACAGUCAUCCUAGUCAUGACUCCUGGGCGUGUUGUUAAGCCAGGGCUUGGUACCACUUCCAUGUCAUUCUCGCUCCUUGCUUGGGGUGCAGGAGAAAUAUCUGGAGGAGCAUUAGCGGGAUGGUUUUACGAUGCUCUUGAAAGCUACGACUAUUCCUUCUACACUGCUGGAUCAGUGAUGACUGCUGGGUCUGGCUUUAUGCUCGUCAUAUUCUUCCUCCAGCGAGCGAAGCAACGAUGCCACAUACAUCCCGCCAAGAUAUCUGAGGGCAGACACGAGCACGUCAACCCGUUGGAUCUGGAGUUUGAUGGCUCAAAGGUCGAUGAUGUGGGAAGGGUCAAUCCGUUGUUUUUCGUGAGGGAAAAGGUCGAGUCAAAGAAGAAUGAGGGUGAAGCUGAGGCAGUGGAAGACAUUUUGUCAGUCGAGGAAUUGAAUGAGAGAGAGAUAGACUCGAAACUGAGCUGGUAUUGGAAUAGUAGUAUUAACUCUGCCCCUGAAUGGGAGGAUUCGAGAUUAUAGUAGAUGUAAUAGCAUGGAGGAAGUGAGAAGAAAGACAUUGUGAGGUUGAGGAACCUGCAAAUGAAUGAUUAGUACACAGCUUAAGCCCAUACAAACUGUACCAUGCAAACUGUACCAUGCAAAUUGUACCAUGCAAAGUGUACCAUGUAAACUGUACCGCCCCAACCCGAUAAUAAACAGAUAAUUUUGACAUAUCGAACAAUACUACUGAUGCUGAUCCGGGCGGUAUGGUGGCUGGACGUUGUGACAAAAUCUUUCUUUAUGACGGAAGCAAACGGGACGGUGAAUGUGAUAUUAGGUUUGAAAACCCGUCCUUUAAUUAAAGUUGAAGGUCGAUCUAACAUUCAAGUUUCAGAUUAUCCGGACAGUCCCUAUAAUGGAUAGUGAGAGGUCAGUAUAGAGCGGAAACUAUUUUGUCCAACGAUGUAAAAAGGCCUCAUAUAGUGUCUAAACGGAGCAUUGAGGAAAGAUAUCGCAGUAUUGAAAAUCUUCAUAUAAUGCUGAGUCCAUUUUGAGCGAGUCUUUCCCGUACGAUAGCAAGUGUGUGAGUGAGAAGUGUCAGAGUUGUGCUAGAGAAUUGGAUAUUAGUGAUUGUGUGGAAAAUAACCCAAGGGUGUUGCUAAGCAACGAUUCCCUUGCACCAGAAGGAAACUGUGAGAAGGGCGAUGAGAAGGAAUUUGAGAAUCACUCGACUGUGAGAAAAGACGGGGAGGGAAAUUUCUUAUUCACCUGUUACGUCACGGACGCCUAGCCAAUGAAUAUCAUAGGGAGAGCUCAUAGACAGUCCGGUAUGGUUGUUAGAACCGAGAUAUAUAGACUUGACGUGACGUUGGCUGGUUUAUAUGCUGUGGAUACGUAGGCUGCGCGUCGUUAAUUGGCCCUCAUGUAUCCACUUAGUAAUCUGCCAUCCGUUUGUACACAGCAAAUCAGCUCAUUUACCAAAACUGGCAGCAGCCAUUUAAAUAUGGGCGACUCAUAAUAGUACGCCUCCAAGACGGUUUGCAACGCGUUGGCCAAUCACAAUGUGCGAAAUCUGUCGACC